CCUGAGGGGCAGAUCCUGGGCAGAAUGGAGGAACACACAGAGGCAGGCUCAGCACCAGGGCUGGGGGAACAGAGGGCCCUAAUUGACAACACUGCCGACAUCCUGGUCAUUGCGGCUUAUUUCCUGCUGGUCAUUGGUGUCGGCUUGUGGUCCAUGUGCAGAACCAACAGAGGCACCGUUGGCGGCUACUUCCUGGCGGGACGAAGCAUGGCGUGGUGGCCGGUCGGGGCCUCUCUCUUCGCCAGCAACAUCGGCAGUGGCCACUUCGUGGGCCUGGCAGGGACGGGCGCGGCAAGCGGCCUGGCUGUGGCUGGAUUUGAGUGGAAUGCGCUGUUCGUGGUGCUGCUACUUGGCUGGCUCUUCGCGCCCGUGUACCUGACCGCGGGCGUCAUUACGAUGCCGCAGUACCUGCGCAAGCGCUUUGGCGGCCAUCGAAUCCGCCUCUACUUGUCCGUGCUCUCGCUUUUUCUGUACAUCUUCACCAAGAUUUCGGUGGACAUGUUCUCCGGGGCGGUAUUCAUUCAACAGGCUCUGGGCUGGAACAUCUAUGCCUCCGUCAUCGCGCUUCUGGGCAUCACCAUGAUCUACACUGUGACAGGAGGGCUGGCAGCGCUGAUGUACACGGAUACGGUGCAGACCUUCGUCAUUCUCGCGGGGGCCUUCGUCCUCAUGGGUUACGCCUUCCACGAGGUGGGCGGGUAUUCGGGGCUUUUCGACAAAUACCUGGGGGCAAUGACGUCCCUGACGGUGUCCGAGGAUCCGGCGGUGGGCAACAUCUCCAGCUCCUGCUAUCGACCCCGGCCCGACUCCUACCAUCUGCUCCGGGACCCUGUGACGGGGGACCUGCCGUGGCCUGCGCUGCUUCUGGGGCUUACCAUCGUCUCAAGCUGGUACUGGUGCAGCGACCAGGUCAUAGUGCAGCGCUGCCUGGCUGGGAAAAACCUGACCCACAUCAAGGCGGGCUGCAUCCUGUGCGGCUACUUGAAGCUGAUGCCCAUGUUCCUCAUGGUCAUGCCGGGCAUGAUCAGCCGCAUUCUUUACCCGGACGAGGUGGCGUGCGUGGUGCCAGAGGUGUGUAAGCGCGUGUGUGGCACCGAGGUGGGCUGCUCCAACAUCGCCUACCCGCGGCUCGUCGUGAAGCUCAUGCCCAACGGUCUGCGCGGACUCAUGCUGGCGGUCAUGCUGGCCGCGCUCAUGUCCUCGCUGGCCUCGAUCUUUAACAGCAGCAGCACGCUUUUCACCAUGGACAUCUACACGCGCCUGCGGCCCCGCGCGGGCGACCGCGAGUUGCUGCUAGUAGGACGGCUCUGGGUGGUGUUCAUCGUGGCCGUGUCGGUGGCCUGGCUUCCCGUGGUGCAGGCGGCGCAGGGCGGGCAGCUCUUUGAUUACAUCCAGUCGGUCUCCAGCUACCUGGCGCCGCCGGUGUCGGCCGUCUUCGUGCUGGCGCUCUUCGUGCCCCGCGUUAAUGAGAAGGGCGCCUUCUGGGGACUGAUCGGGGGCCUGCUGAUGGGUCUGGCACGCCUGGUUCCCGAGUUCUCCUUUGGCUCGGGCAGCUGCGUGCGCCCUUCGGCGUGCCCCGCGCUCCUCUGCCGCGUGCACUACCUCUACUUCGCCAUCGUGCUCUUCGUCUGCACCGGCCUCCUCACCCUCGUGGUCUCGCUGUGCACACCGCCCAUCCCACGCAAGCACCUCCACCGCCUGGUCUUCAGUCUCCGGUACAGCAAGGAGGAGCGGGAGGACCUGGAUGCUGAGGAGCUAGCAGGUCCACCCUCAGCCCCUGUACAGAACGGGCGCCCUGAGCACGCGGUGGAGAUGGAGGGUAAGGCACUGCCCGGGGAGCUGGGGUGGGGGAGCUGGGGGAGCCGACUAACUGUACGGCCGCAAUUUCUCCCAGAGCCCCCGUCCCCAGCACCAGGCCUGUUGCGCCAGUGCCUGCUCUGGUUCUGUGGAAUGAGCAGGGGUGGGGCAGGCAGUCCCCCACGCCCUACCCAGGAGGAGAUGGCUGCCGCAGCCAGGCGACUGGAGGACAUCAGUGAGGACCCAAGCUGGGCCCGUGUCGUCAGCCUCAAUGCCCUGCUCAUGAUGGCUGUGGCCACGUUCCUCUGGGGCUUUUACGCCUGAGGUCAACUGUGUCGGGCGCCAUGAGCCACAGCCUUGCAGAGCCACGUGGCCCUCCACUCAUCCACCUCUAGCUGGUGCUUCUCAGUCGUCCAGCCCGCAUCCUGCAGUCCUGGGGAGAGGGCACAGGGAUACUGCUGGGGAGGAGACUCUGGGCUGACCCCGGGGAGGGGGAAGGAGCAGCACAGGCUGGGUGUACUGCUCAGGUUCCCCUUGCCUCUGCUGGGUAAUCUCUGGCAUAAAAUGAGCCUAAAACCUCA